AUGGCUCCCUGGUCGACUCGUCGUGGGUCUCAACCCAACAACAACUCUUCUGGUGACCUCAUCAGUCGAAUCCACAACACCGCCCUACACACGCCCACGACUCUCAACGCAGUCUAUUCGACAGCGCUGCCACCGACACCGAACGGUCGCAACUUCGACCUGUCCAUCUCCAAUGCCAACGCCGACUCGAGCUCCGACGAAUCCGACUUUCACCCCUCGCGACCACCGUCCAAGCCUGCUCGCCGACCCCAGCACACGCGCUCUAUGAGCCAGCCCUUCCCUUCUCUCUUUAGCAGCAAGAAGAAGAGGCAGAACUCCGUCGGCGCGCCUCCGCCCGACUUGGGCUUUGCAGAUGAUGACGCCGCAAUGCCUCGACAAGCACCCAAGAACCACGGCCGGAAUGCGUCCCAUACUCGAGGGGGUCCUGCAGGGAGCAGAGACUUUGCGACGGGAAACUGCAUGACCUGUGGUUCCCUAGUGCGGUGGCCGAGGGACCUCAAGGUUUUCAAGUGCACCAUCUGUACCACUGUCAAUGACCUGGAGCCGCUAAGUGCGGACAAUGUCACCUCGAGAACGCGCCGCGAUGCAAGCCAAGGCCCCCCUGGCGCACCCCAACCCUCUCCGGCAAGAGUCCCGCAUAUCUCGAUCGAACAAACGAGACGACUUGUUCAGCAAUGCAUUCGUUCGUACUUGUCCAAGAAACUACAUCGAGUUCCUAAACCCGCACACGAUGCUCAAAAUCAUUCGAAGAAUAGACUAUCGUUUAGCAGCCGAAUGCAAGCUGCUGGCCAUAAACCCGUGGUGAUAGAUUCAAGACGGGAGGUAUCGGCUCCCUCUAAAUCUCCCACUAUACAUGUGUCGCAUUAUACAUUCGAUGAGGAGCCGACCCUACGAGCCAGCGCUCAGCGCACGAAUUCUGCGCCUAUUGCUCGAUCUUACUCGUCUUCGUACACAGAAAAAACCCCAGUACAGAACAUAUUGUCAGGCGAUGGGUCCAAGGACCACACUCCACCCUCAAUGACAGACGACAGCGAUCCCAAGCGAAUAUUCAAGCCGCUAGAAGACUACUUGGUUGCCUGUUUCGGCUCAUUCGAAUGCAUCAACUCGUCAUUCAUGACCCAUCAUCAUCGCCAUCCCCCAAGAGGUGGAAGCGAAUCAACCCGCUGGAGGCCUGUAGCACAACACGAGCCUCGAGAGAAACGAGAGCAUCACGAUGGAACGUUUGAUCUUGAUCCGAAACUGCUUCUACUGGGCGACUUUGCAGAGAAUGGAACGUGGUGGACUGGCAGCCAGGAGGAGACGCGAUCUCGGAGACCACCAACACAUCGAAACGAGCGUAGCUUUUCAAGCGUUCCAGCAAUUACCAAGACCCCACAGAUGAAUUGGGGCGAUUUGAUGGGCUGGUACAGCGCUGUCGUCAAUACUGCCGCUGGCUGGUUCGUUGUAUAUGAAGAGUUCUCUGGGGCUGAUGACUUCCAGACGCCUACUACACGAGAGCUGCAGUCUUUCGAGCGAGAUCUUUUGCAGGGCCAAGAGCAUGCUCGACGUGUGCUACUAAAAGCAACUGAAAUGCUCCUUAAGCGACCCGGAAGGCCCCUGAAGGACCCUGCAGAGCUGCGGUUUCUUCUCAUACUGCUUGAGAACCCACUCCUUUACGAAGACCAUCAAUCAUUUGGCGGCAUCCUCCAGCCAGAUCCCAAGCCACCAGCAGCAAAAGACACACGAGCUGGGAAAACGGGCACUCCUGAAAGUGGCCUCCUUUCUGGCCAACAUUCUGGAAUCAUCAAACGCAUCGUUGGGCUGAUCUCUAAUUCGUCGCUUGAAUGCCACAACCAAUUGAUCACUUGGUUCGCGAGACAUCACCCCUCUCGAUUUACAAGGACGAAGGAGCUGGCUUCUGGCUUCCUCACAUAUCGCAUGCUGCGCCAAAGGGAUAAGAAGCGAGAAGUCAGAGUUGACAUUACGGCUGGCCUGAUCCCACAGAUGCAAGAAGGACGCUCGGGGGCCUAUCUCUAUGACGAAAUCAACCGCUCUGGCUCCUCAAAGAAGACCAAGGAGCCUGAAAAGAAGAUUGUGUACAGCGACGAUUGGCAGAUAAAGGCCUCUUCACGAGUUCUGGCUCUCCUAUUUGCUGCCAACAACCUCUCUCAUGGGAGGCGGAGUGAAGACGCACCGCCGAUCACUGGCAAGAACGGCACCGGAUCGAGUCGAGAUACUGUUUAUUCUCACGGACAGGUGCUGCCGACGAGCGACUUUUAUAACUCCAUGAUUGAUUAUACUGAUCUGAUCGCCGACUUUGAGAACUGGGAAGCUCGGAGAGGUAAAUUCUCCUUCUGCCAGUAUCCAUUCCUCCUUAGCAUCUGGGCCAAGAACCACAUCCUUGAGCAUGAUGCUCGUCGUCAGAUGCAGAGCAAAGCCCGAGACGCCUUCUUUGAUAGCAUCAUGAGUCGCAAGGCCAUCAAUCAGUUCCUCGAACUCAACGUACGACGAGAUUGCUUGGUCGACGACAGUCUAAAGGCUGUCAGUGAGGUCAUUGGAAGCGGGAGCGAGGACAUCAAGAAAGGCCUUCGCAUUACUUUCAAGGGCGAGGAGGGAGUUGAUGCUGGCGGCUUGCGCAAGGAAUGGUUUUUGCUCCUCGUCAGAGAAGUUUUCAAUCCCGACCAUGGGAUGUUUAUCUAUGACGAGGACUCUCAGCAUUGCUAUUUCAACCCCAACUCGUUCGAGACGUCAGAUCAGUUCUUCUUGGUUGGUGUUGUCAUGGGCUUGGCUAUCUACAACUCGACUAUUCUGGACCUGGCUCUUCCACCUUUUGCUUUCCGGAAACUCAUUGCAUCGGCUCCAACUCAGGGUACAGGAGCCUCUUCCCACCCCAGGCCACCUAUGCGAUAUACUCUCGAGGAUCUUGCCGAAUAUCGACCUGGACUGGCUCGGGGACUUCGACAACUGCUCGAGUAUGAGGGUAAUGUGGAGGAAACCUUUGCUCUCGAUUUUGUCAUCGAGACGGAGAAAUAUGGCACUACCGUCGAGGUUCCUCUUUGUCCAGGAGGUGAACGCAUUCCCGUCACAAACAAUAAUCGGCGAGAAUAUGUGGACCUUUACGUGCGGUACAUCAUCGAUGUGUCCGUGACGAGGCAGUUUGAGCCUUUCAAGAGGGGCUUUUACACUGUAUGCGGAGGUAAUGCUCUGUCUCUGUUCCGACCGGAAGAGAUUGAGCUUCUUGUGCGAGGGUCAGAUGAGGCCCUCGAUAUUGAUUCCCUACGGGGUGUUGCCGAGUACGACAAUUGGGGCAGCAAGAAGCCAGAUGGUUCCGAGCCUGUUAUCGACUGGUUCUGGGAGACAUUCAAAGCGGCCUCGCCUGAAGACCAGCGCAAAUUGUUGCUGUUCAUUACUGGUAGUGACCGAAUCCCUGCCAUGGGUGCCGCUGUCCUACCGAUCAAGAUUUCCUGCCUCGGAGAAGAUGAGGGCAGGUACCCCAUUGCCAGAACAUGCUUCAACAUGCUGUCCCUCUCACGGUACGAGUCCAAGGAGAGGCUGGAAAAGUUGCUGUGGACGGCGGUCCGUGAGAGUGAGGGCUUUGGACUAAAGUAA